AACUUUUGCAAUAAUCUUCCCCAAGGACAGGUAUUAAGGGGGCAUAAAUGAAAAUGGAACGUCAUUUUCCUGAUAACUGUUAGCUUGAAGUCUGAAAUAUUUCCAGUAACUUGAUUCAGACUGGUGGAUGAGAGAAUGGAGGAAUCUUUUUACAGCUUUGAGCAGGAAGACCCCACUUCCGAAUUUCUCUUCUGGGACCAAGAUCCCAACGACGAGCUCCAUCUGGACAACCUCCUUCUGGACUAUUCCUCCCCGGCAGACCACUUGUUCCCUUGGCCUUCUUCUGCGUGCCUUCCAGCAGCCCCCAGUAGCCCGGUAGCACCGCCGAGCCAGUUGGACGGAGCUCCGGAGCGGACGCGGGGUGCUGAAGCGGACAGCUCCCCUCCGCCCGGCCCCGCCGCGCCGCGCCCCGGCAGCGCCCACCGCCGGGCCGCCAACGUCCGUGAGAGGAAGAGGAUGCUGAGCAUCAACUCGGCCUUCGAUCGGCUCAGGUGUCACGUUCCCACUUUCCCGUACGAGAAACGGCUCUCUAAGAUCGACACGCUCCGCCUGGCCAUCGCGUACAUUGCUCUCCUUGGAGACAUCCUGCUCUCCGGCUGCGAACCCAAAUCCUACGUGGAGCAGUGCCUGAAGAGCAGCUUGCAAAGCCACCGCCAGGCAACCUGGAAUACGAGCGAUUUGAUUUUAAGUAUAAUGGAGUGA